UCCUCCCCAAAAUCACAAAGCCUACGCAAAACCCUAAAACCCAGACAAUCGAAUUCUUUUCAAACCUGGAAAAAUAUUCCCCAAUUGACAUUUAUUUGCUAAACCCUAAUCCGCAAAUUCACCAAUCUCUUGCUAAACCUAAAUCCCUACCCAGAUUCACAAUCUGCUAAACCCUAAUUCCCCACCCAAAAUCAAAGCCCCGUGGCCGAGAGACGUUCUGAGCGAAGGCGUGCCAGAGGCCAAUGUAUCCAGGAUACGAUCGAUGGCUUGGGAUGGAUAUUCUAUGAGGUUGUCAACUGGAAGAAUGAAUUGCUAUGGUAUCAAUCGGCGCCUAUCCUUCAAAAGUUGAAUAGGGAUGUCUUAGAUGAAGUAGCAUUUAGAUGGGCUAACAGUAUGGCUGUACCUCCCUUGGAUACAUACACUGUCAAAGUCAGGGAUAACAAAGCCUAUAUUCCGAGGGAAGGCUCUCGAAACGAUUCUUGGAACUACGCAAUUCGGUAUCGGGAUUUCAUUCUUUCUGUUUAUGGCCCUGCGGCAGAUAAUAGGCUUCUUGAGGACUUUUGUAGAAAGCUGAGUGACCCAACCCUCACACUGCUCAGAUUUCAGAAUUUGUAUUUCCAUAAACUUUUACAAAGCCGGGAGGAAAUCAAUGACUUCCCAGUAGUGGCGGUUGAAAACCUCCGGCUUAGGAAGUUUGAUUACAAUCGGAGAGAGUGCAAUUGGGAUGUAGCUUAUCGAUUUUGGGCAGAGGAGAAAUACCACAGGGAGAUUAAUCUUUUUGAAACUUGCAUAGAAAACAUUUAUGUGUGGAGAGCCUACAAUUACAGAAUUUACGGUGAUAAUCCCACAGAUGAAGCCGAGCUAGUGCGUAAUCUCAUCAUCCACUUCAACCAGUGCAGGAUGAAGGAUGUUCCCCCACCUGCAGAUUUCUUUGAUAAAAAUCAAAUUGGAGAAGUGGUAUUUGACCUCUUUCCUAAUAUUGGUUCCAGCCUCUUUGAUUUCAUGUACGAACGUGGAGUUUAUAUGGACUUCACAGCACUUCGUACAUUUUACAGAGAAUAAGCCUGCAUUGUUGUACCAUUGUUGAGUAAUAGUUGCUAUUAAUUUGUUCCCCACUGCUGAGGAUACAAUAUCCUAGCUUGGAAUCAGAAAAAUAAAUACAAUUUUGGCGUUUUGACUCCUGAGCAUUUGUUGUUUUUAUUUAAAACAGCUGUUUGGUC